AUGAGGGCAUUUGUCUCCGGCCCAAUCACCUUCCCAGACAACUACUUCACGACCCACUACGAGCCCAGAAUUUCCGCUGCAAUCGAGGCAGGGCAUGCCUUCGUAAUGGGGCCUGCUAUGGGCAUCGACGCAGUAUCUCUCAGAUAUCUGGUCACCAAUGGCGUAGACCCCGAAAACAUCACUGUAUAUCUCAGUGAAUACGAGUCAAAAGCGCUGCAAGAACGCGUGCAAUGGUUUAUCGAUCUUGGAGGCAAGAUUCAUAUCGAAGGUGUUACGUCGGCGGACCGCGACGCGGCGAUGACUCGGGAUUCGGACUAUGACAUAUUACGGUACAUGCCGAUCGAGGAGCAGAAGGAGUUCUAUGGCGUCGAUUACUUUCCUCGAGUCAGCGCGACGGAGAGGAAUGAGAGAAGGAGGCAGGGCUUACCUUUGUGGGAGAACCCUGGAUUCACCACACAUGAACCAGGAAAGGAGAAGGGAGGUCUAUCAGGCACACAGAAGUUGAAGGAACGGCUUAAGGGUGUCUUUUCAAAGCCAUCGAACACGUAG